UCAAAACCCAUCACCUCUCUCUCUCUUACAUAUAACUGUCAAAGCUUCAACUUCUUUUUACAUAACCAUGGAGUCAUUGAAUCUUCUUCUCUCUUUCUCUCUCUGUCUUCUCGCCGCCGUUUCCCUCCUCUUCCUCCGCUCCUCCUCCGCCGCCGCGCGCCGCAAGCGGGCCCUCCCGCCGGGGACCUUCGGGCUGCCGUUCCUCGGCGAGACGCUGCAGCUCAUCUCCGCCUACAAGACGGAGAACCCCGAGCCCUUCGUCGACGAUCGCGUCGGCAAAUACGGCGCCGUCUUCACCACCCACAUCUUCGGCGAGCCCACCGUGUUCUCCGCCGACCCGGAGCUGAACCGCUUCGUCCUCCAGAACGAAGGCCGCCUCUUCGAGUCCAGCUACCCCGCCUCCAUAUCCAACCUUCUCGGCCGCUAUUCCCUCGUGCUUAUGAGCGGAACCCUCCACAAAAGAAUGCACUCCCUAACCAUGAGCUUCGUCAACUCUUCCACCAUGAAAGACUACCUUUUGCUCGACAUUGACCGCCUCGUCCGCCUCAAUAUGGACUCCUGGACCGCCCGGAUCCUCCUCAUGGAAGAAACCAAGAAGAUCACGUUUCAGCUAAUGGUGAAACAGUUGAUGAGUUUCGAUCCGUGUGAGUGGACCGAGAAUUUGAUGAAAGAGUAUAUGCUUGUUAUUGACGGGUUUUUCACCCUUCCUUCACCUCUCCUCUCCACCACUUACCGAAGGGCAAUACAGGCUAGGGGAAAGGUUGCGGAGGCCUUGAAUAAAGUGGUGACGGAGAGGAGAAAGGAGAGGGAGUGCGGGGUCGAGAAAAAGAAUGACAUGUUAGAAGCGUUAUUGGAAGGAGAUGGCGGUGCCACAGGAGGCGAUGGUGGCGGUGGUGGCUUCUCCGAUGAGGAAAUCGUGGAUUUCAUCCUAGCGUUGUUGGUGGCCGGGUACGAGACAACCUCGACCAUCAUGACUCUUGCGGUCAAGUUCCUCACUGAGACGCCUCUCGCUUUGGCUCAGCUCAAGAAAGAACACGAUGAAAUCAGGUUAAGGAAAGGCGAAAUUCGGAUGCUGGAAUGGGAUGACUACAAGUCCAUGCCUUUUACUCAAUGUGUUAUAAACGAGACACUUCGAGUUGCAAACAUAAUUGGUGGAGUAUUUAGGCGAGCCACAACAGAUGUUAAUGUAAAAGGCUACACCAUCCCGAAAGGAUUCAGAAUUUUCGCUUCGUUUCGAGGAGUGCAUCUCGACCAGGAAUACUUCACAGAUGCCCGAACCUUCGAUCCCUGGAGGUGGCAGAGUAAUCCCGGACCGACAAGUUCAAUGACUGCAUUCAUGCCAUUCGGUGGAGGGCCAAGGCGUUGUCCAGGCUACGAGCUUGCCCGAGUAGAGCUCUCUGUCUUCCUCCACCACCUAAUCACGCGUUUCAGUUGGGUGCCCGCUGAAGAGGACAAGUUGGUUUUCUUCCCAACAACGCGAAUGCUAAAACGGUAUCCAAUUAUAGUUCAAAACCGAAGCUUGUCUAUGAACACAGAAUGAUCCGAGAGGCGUUUAAGGAGGAGAGAAACAUGAUCAGUAAGUGUAGGAAGCAGAGUUAGUCUACAAAUGGUACUAAGGCUGAACUAUCUUAUAUGAGGAUGAAGCUUAGAAAAUAUAUAUACAUUUAAAUAUAGAUCAAAUUAUUUGUAGUAUACAACUUAUUAAUCUUAGAACAUAUAUAUAUACACCCUAUAUUCAUUUUGGCCUUUCAGGUACUAAGGAUGUUUCCUAUUUUCAUAUGAACUCGAGCUAAAAUAAUAUGAUCACACAUUUGAGGCCACACUUCCAUUUUUAAACUAAGUUUUAUGGAGGGGGUUAAGAUCCUGGGAGCAACUUUCAUAUAUGACACAUCAUUUUCUCUGCACUAAUUGAUGUUUGGUAUGCCCCAAACCAACCCCCCCCCCCCCCCUCCCCUACCAAAGGGUGGUAUGUAUUAUUACUAUAAAUGUGGUAAGUGUGAUCUGUAAACAUUGUAUGGAUAUAUUUGAUAUGGAGGGCCAGAAUCUUUUCUUUGCUGAAUAAGAAUGAUCUGUAAAUCUGUGAUGGCAA